CGUAAUUUUAGAGAUAGCUCAACUGUGAGCAUCUAUGAGGCAUCCCUUACUUUUUCUGAAAAUGGAGGAAUCUGAAAAGCAGAAGUGCCGUUCUAUGGAAUAUGAAUUUGAUUCUAAAUUCUAACUCUAGCGUUUGGUCCAUGUUCAUUUUGCCACUGAGGUCGAUGCAAAAGUCGAAUUACAUUUCUCUUUCUGAAAACUUAGAUUUUCAAUCCAAUUCCAAAAUGUGGUUGAAAAUCCCUUCGCCACUGAGAUGGAUGCAUAAUUGAAACCCUAACCCUAAGCCGACUCCCUUACGAUCUUCUUUCAAUCGUUUUCUUUUUCCUAUGUUGCUUUUUGGUAUAAAGAAAUUGUAAAUUGACCUCAAUGAACCAGGAAAUUUGUGUAGUGAAAAAGAAAACGAUUAAAAGGAAUUAUAUGAUGUCAUCUUUAAUUGCAAAUUUGAUCGAACAAUUGGUGCCUAUAAAAGGGGAUGCUGCCCAUCAUAUUUCUCUUUAUUUUACUGCUGGAGUACAUUUGCUGUCAUGGCAUCCUCUAAUACUGCGGGAGUUCGACAUUUCCAGCUCGUGGAUGGAAUGGAACUCCAGAUAAAUGUUUCAGGCUCUUCGAGUGGACCCAAUGUCAGAAUUGAACUUCGGAUUAAGAACUGUACAAGGACUUGGAUUCUUCACUGGGGUUUUGUUAAUCGUGGAAACCCGAAUUGGUUCAUCCCUUCUGAGCAAUCUCCAGGAUCAAAAUCUUAUAAGCAAGGGGCACUACAGACACCAUUUACAAAGAGUGGAGAAUUAUAUGUGGUCAAUAUCGAGUUGAGAGGCCCUAAGUUCCAUGCUGUAGAAUUUGUUCUGAAAGAUAGCUGCAGCAACAGAUGGUUGAAAUUGAACAAUGGGAAUUUCAGAAUUGAUCUGCCUGAACAUGAUGAAAGUAGUGUUCACCCCCCUAUAUCGAAGGACUCGAUAGAAAACAAGGCAUAUCAAACCUGGGAAAGCAAGGGCAGACCAACUGGCACUCCCCAACAAAAGCAAGAUUAUGAUGCUGCUGUGAGAGAACUCCAAAAUCAACUGACCAAAGGAAUUUCUUUGAAUGAGUUGCAAAAUAGUUGUAUUUCUGAAAGAACCAAAACUGUAACUGAUAAUAAGGGACAAUCUAGGUUUGCAGUACCACGUUCAUAUUUCCAAAGACAUGAUGUUGACCAGUGGUUGCAUAAGCAUUCUUUGGGCCAUGCUAAGAGCACCAAUAUGACAUUCCCAACUUUAAUGGAUCUUGUAGAGGGAACUACUGGAGGAGAUAAAGUUAUAUCAAGGCAGACUCAUCAUGUUGGUAACUAUGAGAUAGUGGUCAUUACAAAAAUCAUCAAUAGUGACCAUCAUGUAUUGGUAGCUAUAAACACAAUGGGUGCUGUAGUUCUUCACUGGGGUGUCUCAAAGUUGUCCCCUGCAGAAUGGUUGGCCCCUCCAUCAGAUGUGUUGCCUGAAAGAUCAAAACUUCUUGAUGGUGCAUGUCAGACCUAUUUUAGAGAAAUAUCAACCCGAAAAGGAUCCUUUCAGAUUGUAGAUAUCAAUCUGCAGCAAAGAAAUUUCUUUGGCAUCCAAUUCGUGAUCUGGACUGGUGGAUCUUGGAUAAAAAAUAAUGGAGCAAAUUUUUCAGUUUUGCUGAAGUCGAUCAAUCCUAGUGGAAAGGUUGAUGGGGAUGGGAGAGAAACUCUCAAAUGGUUACUUGAUGAAAUAUAUAGAAGAGAAAAUGAGGCUGAAAGGUCAUUGAUGCACAGGUUUAACAUUGCAACAGAAUUGACAGAACGUUGUAAACUUGAAGGGGAAUUGGGCCUUAUUGGCAUUUUGAUCUGGUUGAGGUUCAUGGCCUGCAGGCAUCUUACAUGGAACAAGAACUACAAUGUGAAACCUCGUGAAAUUAGUGAAGCCCAGGAUAAGUUCACCAAGUUACUACAAAAAAUAUAUGUGAACCAGCCAAAUGAUAGAGAAAUUGUGAGAUUGAUUAUGUUAUGUGUUGGACGUGGAGGUCAAGGAGAUGUUGGGCAAAGAAUUCGCGACGAGAUUCUUGUGAUUCAGAGAAAUAAUGAAUGCAAGACUGGCAUGAUGGAGGAGUGGCACCAAAAGUUGCACAAUAACAGUAGUUCAGAUGAUGUGAUAAUCUGUGAGGCACUCUUAAAUUAUGUAAGAUGUGGAUUUAGAAUUGAUGUCUAUUGGCAAACAUUAAAUGCAAAUGGUUUGACAAAAGAGAAGCUUGCAAGUUAUGACCGUCCGAUUUUGUCAGAGCCUCGUCUUAACACCCAUGCUAAGGAAGGUCUCAUUCGUGACCUUACAAUGUACUUGAAGACAUUAAAGGCUGUUCACUCAGGUGCUGACCUUGAAUCUGCCAUUGAAACUUGUUUGGGUCCUUCUUCAAAGAGUGAUUCCACAAAUGCAGAGAGAUUUAAUUCUCCCGGUGGUAUAUCACUAGAGUUGUGGGACUCUUUGAACUCUAUCAGAGCAAAUGUGGCUGAUACAAAUAUUGCUUCACUUAUGGAGAAUUUAGUGGAUUCUCGCAUUGAGCUUCGUCCUGUUUUGCUCACAUCUUCUGAAAGAGCAAAAGAUUUACUUUUUCUCGAUCUUGCUUUGGAUUCUGCAGUUAGAACAACAAUGGAAAGAGGACUGAAAGAGCUUAGCUUUAAUCAGCUGCCAGACAUUAUCUUCUACAUUUCCUUUGUGCUUGAAAAUUUAUGCCUAUCAACUGUCAAUAAUGAAGACCUGAUUUAUUGCACUAAGGAUUGGUAUCGUGUCUGUGAAUCAUAUAAAGCCAAUGAUGUUCAGUGGGCAUUACAAGCAAAGGCUAUUCUUGAUCGGGUGCAGCUAGUACUUGCUGAUAGGUCUCUGAAUUUCCAGAAAAAAGUACAGCCCAGUGUGCAGUAUCUCGGUAAUUUGCUUGGUAUCAAGAAAUGGGUGAUUGAUAUUUUCACGGAAGAAUUAGUCAGGGCAGGGUCAGCAGCUAUCCUCUCCACGCUUAUCAAUCGUUUGGAUCCUACCUUUAGAAGAGUUGCAAAUUUAGGCUGUUGGCAGGUUAUCAGCCCAGUGGAGGUGUGCGGUUUUAUAACCUCUGUACAUGAGUUGCUUACUGUUCAAAACAAAGUUUACAGAAAACCAACUGUUAUUAUUGCAAAUAGAGUAACUGGGGAGGAGGAGAUUCCUGAUGGAGUUGUUGCUGUGCUAACACCUGAUAUGCCAGAUAUUCUUUCCCAUGUCUCCAUUAGAGCAAGAAAUAGUAAGGUAUGCUUUGCCACAUGUUUUGAUCAGGAUAUUCUGAGGAAUCUCAAGCUGAAGGAAGGAAAAGCCAUAUCGAUAAGCAUGAAAUCAAUGAAUUUGAUUAUCAGAGACAUCAAUGGCUCAAAUUUAUCACUUAAUACCUCUGCUUCUACCUCCAUCCCUCGAGCAGUAUCGUUUAAAAGGAAGAUUUUUUGUGGGAAAUUUGCUAUUUCAGUUGAGGAAUUCACUGCUGACAUGGUUGGUGCAAAAUCUUUCAACAUCAAAUUUUUAAGAGAAAGGGUGCCAUCGUGGAUUAAGAUUCCAAUUUCAGUUGCCCUAACAUUUGGAGCCUUUGAAACUGUUAUGUCAGACAAUAUUAACAAGGAUAUAGCAAGCAGGAUUUCUGUCUUUUAUAAAUCUGUACUGGGUGGUGAUUUUACCAAACUUCAAGCAAUACAAGAUGCUAUUCAACAAAUGAAUGCACCCUUGUCUUUGAUCUAUGAACUUAAGAGCAAAAUGAGAAGUUCAAGAAUACCUUGGCCCGGUGAUGAGAGUGAGGAAAGAUGGAAUCGUGCUUGGCAAGCAAUAAAGAAGGUAUGGGCUUCAAAGUGGAAUGAAAGAGCAUAUGUUAGUUGUAGGAAAGCUAACCUGAAUCAUGAUAACCUACGCAUGGCUGUGCUGAUUCAAGAAGUAAUUAGCGGUGACUAUGCAUUUGUCAUUCACACAAAGAAUCCCCUAUCCGGGGAUGCCUCGGAGAUAUAUACUGAGAUUGUGAAGGGCCUGGGAGAGACUUUGGUGGGCGCAUAUCCAGGACGAGCAAUGAGCUUCAUCACAAAAAAAAGCAAUCUAAGGUUUCCUAUUGUUACUGGUUAUCCAAGCAAGAACAUAGGACUAUACAGUAAGAAGUCCAUUAUAUUCAGAUCAGACUCAAAUGGUGAAGAUCUAGAAGGAUAUGCUGGAGCUGGGCUCUAUGACAGUGUGCUUAUGGAUGAAGAGGAGAAAGUGAUAUUAGACUACUCCAACGAUCGAUUAAUAGUUGAUAAAGCUUUCCAAACAUCGAUCUUCUCAAAAAUUGCAGAAGCAGGAAAAAUCAUAGAAGGACUUUAUGGUUGCGCCCAGGAUAUUGAAGGGGUAGUUAAAGAUGGAGUCAUAUAUGUGGUUCAGGCAAGGCCACAAAUCUAGUAUUGUUGAUAAUCUUUUAUUUUAAAUAACAAUUCUGUAUAUUUAUGAUUAUUAUUUUUCUUAGACCUAAGUCAAACUGUAUCUUCCUAAUAAUUAAUUGCACUUGCAAGACACUUGACUACAGUUUCAUAAUGAUUGUUGCUUGUUUUAUAUCACUGAUAUAUGACAAAUUGGUGGCUCAAACUUCUUCUUGAGGGAUUAUUGAUAUGAUUAGCAAUUUCACUUGCCCA